AUGCAGCGCUGCGUGCGCACGAGCCACCACCACGAGGAGAAGCAGAAGAAGAAGCCGUCACCUGCGGCGAGCGUGGAAGCCGCGUCUUCUCCAGAGGCCGCCGCCACCAUGCUGACGUAUCCCGAGUCUACGGACUCCCGACGCCGGCGUUUUCCCAACCGACUCAUCUGGAGCUAUGUGGCGCCAGUGUUCCUGUCGCCCAUGCUCGCAAUGUCCGACAACCAGGGGGCGAUGCGCUACGUGUACUGCGCUUGCCUGAUGGCCGUGUACUGGUUGUUGGAGAGCGUGCCCUUCGUGGCCACCUCGCUGCUGCCGCUCCUGAUGCUGCCCGUCUUGAACGUCAUGCCGCCGGGAGACGUGGCCAGCGGAUACGUUUCGGAGCCGGUGCUGUCGCUGUUCCUGGGCCUGAGCUUCGCCCUGGCCCUCCGCCACGGCACCAGCCUGUACACGCGGGCCUCGUUCGCGCUGCUCCAGGGCUUCGGCACCAGGGUGCGCUCGCUGAUGCUGGGCUUCCUCGGCUGCACGCUGCUGCUGACGCAGGCGCUGGGCGCCAGCCUCACUGCCGUCCUCAUGGUCUACACCGUCGAGUGCGCCAUGGCCGAGGUCCAGAACGACGUCAUCCGCGAGGAGCAGUUCAAGCUGCUCUACCGUCGCCCAGCGAUGAAGACGGAUACAGCUUCAUGGCGACCGGGCCGAUGCCCGAGCCACGUGCCUUCGCCGUGGCGAUCGACAGUCCACCGGAUAAGGUCAAGAAGAAGAAAGGAGGUGCGCCUUCACAUCGCUUAGCUGUAGUUAUAGACCAGAAUUUACAAUGCUUGUAGGUGGCGGCCAAAUUUUGUCGAGGACCGCGGGAACGGGCAGAACAAACGUCCAAGAUUGCACUCAGCCUGCUCCUCUUGCACGCUUUGCGGCUAGUGUUGGCUCGACGUGGCUUCAUCGGCAGCUGCUGUGUCAUGAAACUCGCAGUCCCUGCACAGGCCGCACAGACAGAUGGUGACUGAAAUCGAUAUUAAGUAAGCUCCAUCUAAACGUGGGUGCAAAAUUAAAAAAACAAA